AUGGCUUCCGCCCAGGCGUCUCGUAGAAACAGCAACCAGCAGCAGCAGCAGAAUGAAGACCAAGAGGUCGACGAUGUUGACAGCUUCCAGUGUGUGGAAGAACUGACCAACGCAGGCAUCAAGAUGGCCGAGAUCAACAAGCUCAAGGAAGCCAACCUUGCCACCGUCGGGGCCGUCCUCGCCACCCCAACCAAGCGCCUGCUGACUAUCCGGGGCUUUAGCGAUGCCACUGUCGCCAAGAUCCAGCUUGCCGCGGCCAAGGUGGACACUUCUGGUUCGUCGGGCAUGUUCAAGACGGGACUUCAGUGCCGUCAAGCCCGAGAGAAAGUUAUCAAGGUGCACACCGGUUCGAAGCAGCUGGACGCUCUUCUGGGCGGCGGCAUCGAGACCGGCUCCAUCACGGAGUUCUUCGGGGAGUUCAGAUCCGGCAAGACCCAGCUCUGCCACACCCUGUGUGUCACAUCGCAGCUCAGCAAGGAGUCGGGCGGAGCGGAGGGCAGGGUUGUUUAUAUGGACACGGAAGGGAACUUCCGGCCGGAACGCGUGGAGGCCAUCGCGGAACGGUUCGGGCUAGACCCCACCGAGACCCUCGAGAACGUGAUCGUCACCCGGGUCUUCAACCACGAACAGCAAAUAGACCGGGCCCACGUGAGAAUAUCCGUUGUCAACGUUGGCGUGCUUCAGAAUGCCAGGAACGUCAAGACUAGUCCGGAGAGCCAGGUUCCCUUGCGUUUGACGGAUGUGCUUGGUCGGUGA